GCCGUCGUCUCCUCUCUCCUUUCUUGCCCCGAGGCGCCGCCACUCCACCGCUCGCGGGCAUGCCGUCCCAGCCCGCGCCGGACUCCACCGGCGGAAGCCCCCGGAUCCCGGUGGCGUCCGCCGAGGCUGUCCGCCGCGUAGUCGAUUUUUUCAAAACAAAUGGAAAACUCCGCUCAGUCACAGGCGCAGCCGUCUCCUCUCCUUUGUUGCCCCGCGGCGCUGCCACUCCGCCGCUCGCGGGAAUGCCGUCCCAGCCCCCGCAGGGCUCAACCGGCGGAAGCCCCCGUAUCUCGGCGCCGUUCCAGCCCGCGCCGGACUAUACCGGCGGAAGCCACAGGACCCCGGCGCCGGGCUCCAUCGGCGUAGUGCCCCGGAUCCCGGAGCUCUCCGCCCAGGCCGUCGACCGCAUCGCGCGGAAAUGCAUUAUACUCGUCGAUUGGUGGCUGGAGAGAGUGGAGGGCGAGGAGGGCAAGAUCCGCGUCGCUGGAACCACGUUCACCCCGCGAAUGGCCGAGCAAAUGAGGAAAGGAGCAUCGUCCUCAAACAUGAGAAUGGCAGUCCGAGUGUUCAGAUCUUCUGCCAUUGUGAAGCGCCAUGAUUACACCUCAAUUGAGUCCGAGGAUGGUUACCAGAUAGAAAUAGGACACUGCUUGAAUAUUCCCAAAACACGCGAGAAUGGAUUUUCUGAAGAGGUAAUUGCUAUGAUUGGUCUCCAGGGACUGGUGUUUCAGAAGGUGUGCGAAAGCUUUGAUUUUGGAUUUCCAGAUCUAUGGCAAAGGCUUGUUAAUCCAAAGAUGGUGCCAGAUGAUGAACAUGCACUAUCACCAUCAGAAACUACUACUGGUCCACCAAGUCCUUCAGUUGAAGAUUACAUGGCAAAAUUCUUAAGUGACAGCUUUAGCAGUAAAAUCGGAUUUGAUUUCACAGAGAAUGAUUUCGACUCAGGUUCCAUCAGCUCCGACUCAAAAGUUGAUGGCAACAUAUUGGCACCAUCCAAAAUUUCGUCAGUUGUGAAUGAAGGUUACAGGAGCACAGUAGGUUGUGGUCAGGCUAAGAAAGAUGCUAAUAUUCAGCAAGAGAAUAUGCCCAGCUGUUCAAGUGAGCAUGCAAUGGUUACUCCAAAAUUUGGGAAAGAUUCAGUGAACCUUGGGACUACGGAUGCAUUAGAACUACCAACUGAAGGGAUGACUCCAAAGUUUGGAGCUAUUCGAGGCUCAGAAGACAGUAUUGGCAGGAGAUUACGAAGUGGCAAAGUUUUGCCAAUUGGUGGACCAAUGAAGAAGCAGAAAAAGAUCCAGCAGCAGAUGGUUAAUCAAGGAGCUACACCUGCUGCGGAUCUGACUUCUCAUGAAAAUGAUUUUUCAGCUGCUGAGGUUGUCGUUAAAGAAAAUCUGGGAUCAGAUGAUUCAUGCGGUAAAGGUCAGUUGAUAAUCUACAGAAUUUCCACUUAUUCUUGAGCACUAGUCCUGUCCAUCAUAUCACAAAGUGACAGGACAAGGAAGAAUAGCAGAAGGGAAGGGGAAGAGGAAGAGGAAACGGGUGUAGGCACGUCUCUUCUCGAACUGGGUGUGAAACUUGUGUACUGUUUGUUUCUCAGCUUGAGUAGCUAACUUGUGUUGAUGGGCCGUGCAUGCCUUGGGCAGAUGGUGCAGGUUCAGUUACUACCCAUGAUCCUUUUGUGUGGGUUGUUUUUCGCCAGUCAUUGUCAAGGUAAUUUGUAGGGUCGGUAGUGGGGCAGUUCAGGCCAGAUUUAUGUUUUAAAUUCUAGUUUUGGGUGCGGGUGUGGAGGCUCCACCCGAACAAAUCUACCCUGUUGCCAUCCCUAGUAAUUUUGCAACCUAAACCCACUACAUAUCGUUAAUUUUCUAAAAAAAAAUAUCAAGCAGUACAUCAAAUUAAUAAUUUCGUACUCAUACAAUACCUACUUUAACAAUGUGUUAGGCUACAAUGCAAACAUAUAUUCUUGCACAACUGUAGAGAAUAUGGCCUUUAUGCCAUAUUCCUUUGUGGUUUUGACGAUCAAAAUAUAAACAAGGCUAACAUAUGUACUGAGUUUGUGUCAGAUAUAUUCACAUAGAUCCUGAUGCAAGGGGUCAAUAAAUGUGCGAAAUCAAGAGAAGAAACCAUGAAGAAUCAAGCAACAGCAGUGGAGAGAAAGAACUGAAUCACUUGAUCAUAGGGUGCCGGAUCAGUCAGUGAAGAUCACAAAGGAGAUGGUGUAGAGAAACUCUUUGCAUAGUACCCGGCGGAUCAUGUAGUGAUAAAUAGAAGGUUGCACAAAUUGGUGUAAGAUCGAGAUAGGUGGCUAACUAGGGGAGAGUGAAUAGUCGUUUAUAAAUUAAUUAAAGUUCCUUAGCUGAAGGUGAGCUCAUAUUUAUUUUCCAGUGUCAUGUUUUCAAACAAGAUCACGCUUCUGUUAGACUGUUACUGAUUUAUUAAUCAGAGUUUGGAAGCUACUACCUA